AUGAAAAGUCAUGCUUGUGCCAUUAUUACUAACGGUGGUCAUCACACUGAUAUUGCCUUGAAGAUUUACAGUAACCGUGUAUUAAUAAUUGCAACACAUUUAAAGAAGUUAGGAUCAUUAAUAGCAGUAACUAAAGGAUCUUCAUUUCAUCAGUUUAAUAAUAGUAUAUAUUCUGCAAAGGUUUUGUUUGGAAGAGAUGAUAUUGAAAUUGUGGCAGCUGCUCGUUAUAUAGCAGAACAGAUUAAUUUAGAUAAACCAUUAUUGAUAUCAUUAUCCUUAAAAAAUUAUGAACCAGAUACUUUGAGAGCUAUUGCUAAUGCUCUAAAAGAAUCAAAGUGA